AGGAUCGGCAUCCAAAGAAAAAAAUUAGGAAAGGAUCACACACUAGGAAGGAUCUAAAUAUCAAUCGAUCAUAGUUAUUGUCUUAUUGAUCUAACUCACUGGAUCUAGUAAAGGACAUAUUUGACCCUGUGAACAGCUUCAGUCUGCGAAGUUGUGUGAUGAAGGAGAAAAUCUUUCUCUCUCCUCAAACCAUCAGAGAAACCGUAGCCGACUGAAAUCUCCUCACGGAUCUGCAACAUCGGAGGUUUAGAAGGUAUGGAAUUGGACCAGGGUCUUGGAGAAGCUUCUGAGAAAUCUGUUUGCUCAAGGGAUAUGCCUUCGACCCAAUUGGCACUAGAAUCUAUAUCACUGUUUUCCAAGGGCAUCUCUCUUAUUCUCUAUAGGUGGUUAAGACUUAGGUGUUCGUUGCACAUGGAAGAGUGUCGUUUUGCGAGAUAGCAGAGUAUCUCAGACUUAAUUAUGGGAAAUAUAAGCAUUCACGUGUGGAAAAAAUAGCUGCAGAUAUGUUAGAUUUCUUCAUAAUACAAAAAGAACCUCACGAUGUCAAGUCUGUGCGUUCUCGGGUGAUUGAGUUGGUGCGUAUUUACUUUAAAUAUGGUAUUGGACUUAUGCAAGGCAUUUAUGAGGUGGGGGGAAAAUUGUACAAUUUGUACCAAGAGAUUUUGCAGGGGAAGUAUGAUUCAAUUGAAGAACUUAGGAAAACCACAAGUUGGUUUGGAGAAGAUUACAUGCAGAAGUUGAGGACAGCAGAAGAAGAAGAACUGAUUAGAGUACGUACAGCUAAUGCUGAUCGUGCAAAGAUUUCAAGACGCCGAAGGCAGAAAGUCCAAGCUUACUUUUUGUAGAGAAAAAAAUGGUGAGCCGGUUGCUCUGUAGUUGGUGCUGGAGUUGCAUUCCAAGAUGCCUUGCUUUCGCAAAACUACAUUUAAGUAUAUUUUCUUACUUUUGGCUUCAUUGGAAUAUGAAGGUUUGAUAAGCAUAAUGAUGUAGUUAUUCAAGAACCAAAAUUUAUGUAACUGAUGGUUUUAUCGGCUGGACAAAUUUACUUUAGAAGUAUAUUGUUUUUUCGAUACUACUAUACGGUGAUAGUAGAAUUUAUGGA